GAUUGAGAACGCACCGCAGCUAGCAUCAUGGGCAGUAAAACCUUGCCAGCCCCAGUGCCCAUCCACCCAUCUCUUCAGCUCACCAACUACUCCUUCCUCCAGGCAGUAAACGGCCUGCCCACAGUGCCCUCGGACCACCUGCCCAACCUAUAUGGCUUCAGCGCCUUGCACGCUGUGCACCUGCACCAGUGGACACUGGGUUAUCCAGCCAUGCACUUGCCACGCUCUUCUUUCUCCAAAGUGCCAGGUGCAGUGUCCAGCCUGGUGGAUGCACGCUUCCAGCUACCCGCCUUCCCCUGGUUCCCCCAUGUCAUUCACCCCAAGCCCGAGAUCACCACGGGAGGCAGUGGCCCAGCACUCAAGACCAAGCCCCGCUUUGAUUUCGCCAACCUGGCCUUGGCUGCCACACAAGAAGAUCCAUCCAAGCUUGGCCGGGGUGAGGGUCCUGGCUCCCCCACAGGAGGGUUAGGUGCCCUCCUGGAUGUGACCAAGCUCUCCCCAGAAAAGAAGCCCACCAGGGGACGCCUGCCUUCCAAGACCAAGAAGGAGUUUGUCUGCAAGUUCUGUGGCCGCCACUUCACCAAAUCCUACAACCUGCUAAUCCACGAGCGGACACACACCGACGAGCGGCCCUACACCUGUGACAUCUGUCACAAAGCCUUCCGGAGGCAAGACCACCUACGGGACCACAGGUACAUCCACUCCAAAGAGAAGCCUUUUAAGUGCCAAGAAUGCGGAAAAGGAUUUUGCCAGUCCAGGACUCUCGCUGUCCACAAGACGCUACACUCACAGGUGAAGGAGCUCAAAACCGCCAAGGUGAAAUGUUGAGCAGACCCUGACGCUCGCCGCCGCUGCCCUCUGGAGGGACCGUCUCCGGCGGGGAGGGGCGCUCGGGACCUCCCCCCACCCCAGGAGCACGCGGCACUCCAAAGCCCCACCCGGGGCCGCGACACCGACCGCCCCCGGCGGCUCCCCCUGGACGCGGCUAGACUCUUGGCCAAAA